ACAGUCAUCCAUGGCAGCUUUGCUCUGCUCCAGGAGCCUCGUUUCCACAUCUACCUGAUCCCCCCGGGACUGCUCUUCCUCCUGGACAAACUCAUCAGCCUCAACAGGAAGAAGGUGGAGAUCCCUGUGGUCAAUGCUACGCUGCUGCCCUCAGGCCAGUGGGUGAGGGUGGCGUGUCUGGCGCUUGGCACAGAUGAGUAUCACCCAUUCACCCUGACGUCAGCUCCACAUGAGGAGACCCUCAGCCUUCACAUCCGCGCCAUAGGCCCCUGGACCAGCCACCUCCGAGAGGCAUACGCCCCCAACAACCUGGAACAACUCUGUACCUGGACGGGCCAUUUGGGGAGGGCCACCAGGAGUGGACAAAUUUUGAGGUGUCAGUCCUGGUGGGAGGAGGGAUUGGUGUCACCCUUCGCUUCCAUCCUCAAGGACCUGGUGUUCAAGUCCUCAGUCAAGUUCAAGAUACAGUGUAAAAAGAUAUACUUUAUCUGGGUGACGCGGACUCAGCGUCAGUUUGAGUGGGUGUCUGACAUCAUCCGGGAGGUGGAGGAGCAGGACAGUCUGGACCUGGUCUCUGUCCACAUCUACAUCACGCAGCUGGCGGAGAAGUUUGACCUGCGAACCACCAUGCUGUACGUGUGUGAGCGUCACUUCCAGAAGGUGUGGAAUCGGAGCCUGUUCACCGGCCUGCGAUCUGUGACCCACUUUGGUCGUCCACCAUUUGCCUCCUUCUUCAGCUCUCUGCAGGAGGUGCACCCUGAGGUGGGUAAGAUUGGUGUGUUCAGCUGUGGUCCUCCUGGUCUCACUAAGAACGUAGAGAAGGCCUGCCAACAGAUGAACAAGAGAGACCAAACACAUUUCAUACAUCACUAUGAGAACUUCUAACAGCAGGACUGGGGAAUACCCAUUGUACACCACUUACUACUGUGCCGAAUAACAAUGAAGAAAGAACCGUUUAUGAGUCCUUCAGACUAGAUUUUACAACUUAUAAAUUUAUUAAAAUGAAAUACUGUCUACUGCUUUUACGUAAUAUUUGUCCUUUUCAAUGAUUAGCAAUGUUAUGAGCUAGUCUGUAUUAAAUAGAUAUGUCAAUUUUAUAUAUGAUGUGAUAAUUAAUAGAUUGCAUUUUUGAACUUGAAGAUGAAUGGAUUUGACCACUUGAUAAUGUUGGUUGCUCCUGCUAUCACUGUUAGAAAGAACUUGUUGCACCACCAGUGUAUAAAAUGACAAAGGCACCUGCAAAAAAUAAAUGUAUUUUUAUCCA